AUGGCCUCCUACGACGGCGACGAGGACUCCGGCUGUCGCCGCCCAUCCCAGCACCGCCCGUCCGGUGGGGGCAGCGGCGACCUUGCCUCGAGCGCGAAGCUCGUGGCGGAGGCGGCCAAGCUGGCGCUCCAGGACCACAGCCUGGAGAAGGUGGACAAGGGCCGCGUCGCCGGCGCGGCGGCCGACCUGCUCCACGCCGCUUCCCAGUACGGCAAGCUCGAGGGUAAGCCCGUCGGCGGGUACCUCGAGAAGGCCGAGGAGUACCUCCACCAGUACGGCCGCAAGGAUGGGGGCGGCGGCAAGCAUCAGGAGGAGGGGGAAGGCAAGUACGGUAAGAAGCCCGGCGGUGGCCAUGGAGGGGGAAGGUAUGAGGAGGAGGAGGGGUACAAGAAGAAGCCUAGUGGUGGGAGGUAUGAGGAGGAGUACAAGAAGAAGCCUGGUGGUGCUAGUGGCUAUGGAGGUGGAAGGUAUGAGGAAGAAGAUGGCUACAAGAAGAAGCCAGGCAGUGGUGGCUAUGGAGGAGGAAAGUAUGAGGAUGAAGAUGACUACAGGAAGAAGCCAAGCAGUGGUGGCUAUGGUGGGGGAAGGUACGAGGAUGAAGACGAUUACAAGAAGAAGCCCACAAGUGGUGGCUAUGGUGGGGGGCGGUAUGAGCAAGAAGAUGAUUACAAGAAGCCUACAAGUGGAGGCUACGGUGGUGGGAGGUAUGAGCAGGAAGAUGAAUAUAAGAGGCCUCCGAGUGGUGGUGGCAGGUAUGAGGAUGAAGAUGAUUAUAGGAAGAACCCUAGUGCUGGUGGAUAUGGAGGUGGAGGAAGAUAUGAAGAUGACUACAGCAAGAAGCCAGUUGGUGGUCAUGGCGGAGGGAGGUACGAGGAAGAUGAUGAGUACAAGAAGCCCAGUGGUGGUGGAUAUGGUUAUGGGGCUUCCAGUGGUGGACAUGGAGGAAGGUACGAAGAGGAAGACUACAAGAAGAAGCCUAGUGGGCACUCAGGGGGACGCUAUGAGGAAGAGGAGGGGUACAAGAAGACUAGUGGCCAUAGUGGAGGGAAGUAUGGCAAGGAGGAAGAGGACAAGAAGAAGAAGAAGCAUGGAGAGGAUGAGUCAGAGGGUGGCGGUAUUGGAGAUUACCUGAAGUUGGCACAGGGUUUCAUGAACAAACAGGAUGGGGAAGGGGGGAGUGGGGGCGGCAUGGGAGACUACUUAAAGCUUGCAGAAGGUUUCUUGAAGAAGCGCUGA